UUAAUACUGUGUGAUGAUCGUGAUGCGCUGGCCAGAAGCACAAUUUACGGUGUGGUGGUUCCCGUAGUUCUCUUCCAACUCGCAACGAAGGUUGUUUUUCGUAAAUGGGCUGAGCGUUUCUCAUCGUUGUUCGACGAUCAUAGCCACGACCAUGAGGUGGACACCGCUAAGCAAGAAGAAGCCACACGAGUGAUUAACUUGAUGCGACCUACUGCUGAGCGAAUACGUCGUGAAGAACAGCAAAAACUGGGGAUCGUUAUUAUAGACGCAAGGUUCAUCCUUUCAUCAUGUCAUACUUUACAUAUCAGAUCAUUUUAG